AUGGAAGCCAAGCGAGCUCGCUUAGCAGAGAGCGAACAUCGGCACGAGGAAAUAGCCAACCGAGUGGAACUGGCAGCGGCUGGGAGUGGUCAGGCUCGCUUGGUUCCGUGGUCCGCGCGAGAGGAUGACACAGACAUGUCCGUGGACACGCUUGAGUCGAUUUACAUCGGUCAGGCAUACAGCACAUGGCGUGGUCUUCCUUUUGGAAAAAGUGCGUUCGAUUGGCAGAUGUAUGCGACAAUGAUCGACGACUUGCAGCCACGUACGAUCAUUGAUAUCGGCUCAUGGGCCGGUGGCAGCGCGCUGUUUUUUGCGGACUUCGGGCAGAUGUUGGUUGGCGAUGCGUUCAGCAAAGUUGUUAGCUUGGAUGUCACACUGAAGAACGUCCGUGAAAAAGCUCGGACCCACCCGAAGAUCGUUUUUCACGAAUGUAGCACCGAGCGCUUGGAGGACUUGUUCACAGAUGCUUUCGUUGCGGAGCUGCCGCACCCGUGGUUGGUGUCUGAAGAUGCUCACCAGCAUUGUGCGACAGCCAUUCGCCGUUUGCACGACGUUCUGAAAGCCGGCGAUUAUUUAGUGGUGGAGGACACAAGCGUGCAAAUGCAAAAUUGGUUCGAAGCCAACCUCGAUGAGGAAGAAACCGCGGAGGAACAAAGACUCACAAGAGAAGGCAUCCAGCACUUGAGAGCCAAAACUGCAGCUCUGGCAAACUUUUGCCGGGUUCAUGGUGAACACUACCGUUGUGACACGAAGUAUUUGGACAUGUUCGGCUAUAAUGUCGGCAAGCACUGGAACAGCGUUUUGAAGCGGGCAGCGGAGGUCCAGCCAGAUGUGGGGAAGCGAUUGCCAGAUGCAGCGGUCGUGGCAAAACGGGUGGCUGCAUGCUUCGUGGAUGUCAUUGCAGCUAUGGGCGUGGAUAUGUCAGAACAAGUGUAUGUGCUUUCGCAGGAAGACCUCGUCGACUAUUCUGACGAGGAGGCCCCCGUGAAGAUUCAGCAGCAACUUCCAGGUUCAGAGCAUUGGCACACUUCCCGGCCAGCUUCAAGCGAGCGGCUUGAGGCUUUCCAAGCCCUGCAGCGAUUGCACCAGAGGCAGAGGAAGGACCUCUCUGGCUCGCCAGAUGGUGUGGCCAGUCAGGUGAUGCCAGCAUUCUUGGCAUCAACUGCCCAGUCCACAUUCUAUGAGACCCAGGCCGGCAAGGCUGCAGCAGACGUCUCUGCGCGUCGCCUCAGGUCGGAGUUGACGAGUGAGGAGGCCUUUUCAACACUGCGCGCCGAUGCUCGGCGCCUUUUGGCUGCCAGGCGAUCGUCUGACGUCAGCGAGCCUGAACUGGAAGCAAAGGUGAAUGACUUCCUCAAGCGAUCCUGGGCAAGCAUCGUGACAAAUGCGCAGGGUGCUAAGAUGCCGUUCGUUGGUCGAAAGGUGAAGCCAGAGAAACCGAGCAGGGACGGCUAUGGCUUCUUCAGACAGAGCCACCACUCGGCCGCCCGAUUUCAGGAGGCACCGUUCGUGGAACAAAUAGGUGAUGGUGCGGAGCAGCCUCCCAAAAAACGUGAGCCCAAAGGCACUGGAUCGAAGGACCUCGUCCUUGCUGACCUCCUGCAGGCGCCCAAGGCGCAACAGAUCGCAGGUCCAGCACGAACAGCCGGCCGGCGUGCCUUGUCACAUCAAAUUGCCUUCGAGGGCGAUUUCAGGUCGUGCUUGCGAGCAUGGGAGUUUGUGAUGAUCGCCAUGAAAGCGCUAUGCCACAAGCCUGGCAUAGCUGUCGCUGCCGAUGGCGAGGCGCGACGGCGCUAUGCGGAGGCAGCUGCUUUGGACGAGGUCGUCAUCGGCUGGCACGCGGGCUCUGCGGAUCCAACGCCCAUCCGGCUUGUGAGAAAAGGAAAAGAUUUGGUGCAGGGAGAAGUCUUCGAAACACAAAGUGACGAAAUUCGUAGGGAGUACCCAGAUGCUCCGAUUGCCAAAGCCCACCGCGCCAAGUACAACUGGGUUGCAGAGACCGCAGCGAACCGCUUCACACGAGAUCCCACAAAGAUGCUUCCCGUAGUGCGCACAUCGGGAAUGAUUGGGAAAUGGUGUUGCGACGUCUGUGGCAAGACCGCUUGCGGGCAGUUGUUUGUCUUCCGCGCAUUUCUCCGAAAAGAGCAUUUACGUGGUUCCACAGACAGGCGCCUAGAUACGUUCGUGGCCUACAUCUCCUUCCGGUGCGGCCGCGGCUUGCUGGGACAGUCUCUCGCCUGCGGCUAUCUGAUGCCGAAGUUGGGCCAGCAAGACCACUUGAGUCACCCUUAG